GAAAAGUUUGAGUCACUGAUUGUACCUAAGUCAACCUGACUAGGAUCUGUAAUGUAACGUGCACCUUUUUCUAAUUAUCAUAUCCCUUCGCCCACAAACUUCUGGUACUGCUAUACUGACUGCACCUACACAUCUGUCCUUCAAUUGCAGUUACAUACGGCGGUAGGAUUUGUGCCGAACCUCAUCUAGUCUAAGGACCGUCAUCUACUAAUGGCUCCUCCCAAGACCGAUCCUGCGGCAUCAGACACUUCCAUCCCCCUCUUUAAGUCUAUAGGUCUCUCUCAGGCUAAAGCGGCAGAAGCAGCAAAGAACGCCAAAAGCGCCAAUGUCCUUCGCAAUCUAAUCGCCUCAUACAAUCUUACCGAAGCUCGCCUUGAUGAAAAGCAGGCCACGGUCGUCACCGCACUUGCUGGUCAGCUAGCUAAGACGGAAUCUGUAGAACCUAGCGAACAAGCUUUCGCCGUGAAGGCAAUCUUGGAUGGCAAGCUCAAAUCCGUUGAUCAGGUCAAUGCUGCUGUCAAGUACCUCGAGAUAUCCAAAGCGCCCAUUAAUGAGCUUGAAUUCGAUACAGAGUGUGGUGUCGGCUUCAGCAUUACUUCCGAAAAGCUCUAUGAUACAAUCGCGAGUUACAUCCGCGAAAAUUCCGUCACUGGCUGGCCUAACCUUGGUUCCGUCAUUAGUGGAGUCAAGGCCAGCCCAGCUCUUCGAUGGGCGAACCCUCUGGAAGUUAAGAAUGCCGUUGAGAAGGCGUUUACUGAAACCUUUGGUGCGAAGGAGGCUGCGAAGCCAAAAGCUAAGGAUCCUAAGAAAGAAAAGGCUCCGCAGCCAACGGCAACUACAUCAGAGGCUGAUGCUGGCUCUGGUUCAUCCAAUAGAAAACCCGUUUUUGAAGAGGGAUUCUUAGGCGCUUUGCACAAACCAGGAGAGAACCCUCAGACCAGACCCGAACUUCGUGAGCAGCACCUACGCGUGACUGAUGGCCAAGUCUGGACACGUUUCCCACCGGAACCAAACGGCUAUCUGCACAUUGGUCAUUCCAAAGCUAUCUUCGUGAACUUUGGUUAUGCUGCGCACCAUGGGGGGAAGUGUUAUUUGCGUUUCGAUGAUACUAACCCAGAAAAAGAAGAGGCCAGAUAUUUUGAGAGCAUUAUCGAAGUUGUCCGAUGGCUGGGUUUCGAACCCUGGAAGAUAACCUAUUCCAGUGACUACUUUGAUCAGCUAUACGAUCUUGCUAUCGAGCUCAUAAAGCGCGACAAAGCUUACGUCUGCCAUUGUACCCAGGAGCAAAUCAAAGCUGACAGGGGCGAAAAAAUAUCAGCUCCUAAAGCCUGCGUGCAUAGAUCACGGCCGAUUCAAGAAUCGCUGGAUGAGUUCAAAAAGAUGACUGAUGGUUAUUAUCGACCCAAGGAAGCCAAUCUCCGGAUGAAGAUGGAUCUGACGGAUGGCAACCCUCAGAUGUGGGAUCUCACGGCGUAUCGUGUUUUAGAUGCAACCCACCAUCGUACCCUGGAUAAAUGGAAGAUAUACCCCACCUACGAUUAUACACACUGCCUCGUAGAUAGCUUCGAGAACAUCUCCCAUUCCCUCUGCACUACAGAAUUCAUUGCUUCACGCCAGUCAUACGAAUGGCUCUGUGACGCCCUGGACGUGUACAAACCGAGGCAAUCAGAAUUUGGUCGUCUUAAUCUUCAAGGGACGAUCAACUCAAAAAGAAAGAUUCUCCAGCUGGUAGAUGAAGGCUACGUUAGCGGAUGGGACGACCCUCGUCUCUACACCCUCAUUGCCCUCAGAAGGCGAGGCGUACCUCCGGGCGCAAUUUUGUCAUUUGUCAGCACGUUGGGUGUCUCAACGGCUGCCUCAAAUAUCCAAAUUGCCCGCUUUGAACAAACUCUGAGGCAAUAUCUAGAAGGCAGUGCACCACGUCUCUUCAUGGUCAUGCGUCCUCUCAAAGUCAUAAUCGAGAACGUUCCCGACGACUACCUCGUAAUGGUGGACAAACCGUUCCAUCCCAAGAAUCCCCAACUCGGAUCUUCACAGAUCCCAUUCACCCGCACGAUCUACAUCGACGCCGAUGAUUUCAGGCUGGAAGACUCAAAAGACUACUUCCGCCUGGCUCCUGGAAAGAGUGUUGGUCUAUUCCAAGCACCUUACCCAAUUACAUGUACAUCGUACAAGAUUGAUUCAGCCACUGGUGAGGUGACAGAGGUAUUCUGUCGUCUCGAGGAUUCUGGUACUCCUCCAAAACCCAAGGCAUAUAUCCAGUGGGUCGCAGAACAUGCAUCUUCUGGAAGCCCUGUUCGUAUCGACGAGACAAGGAUAUUCCACCCUCUAUUCAAGAGCGAUAACCCGCUGGCGGCUGUCCCCGACUUCAAGGCUGAUAUAAACUCUAACAGCAUGGAAGUUAUCAAGGGCGCCAUGGUGGAAGUUAGCUUCUGGCCGCUUGCAAAGCGGUCUAUCGCCGAUGCCCUCGAGGAGGCUCGGGCAAGAUCAGCGAAAUCCAAAGCAAUCCCAGGCGCGGGCUCCAAUGGCGCAGACACCCCAGAAAUCACGCCAGAGCAACUUGUCGGAAAGGAGUGCGUACGAUUUCAAGGUCUACGUGUCGCGUACCUUGCAGUAGAUUCAGACUCUCGCUUGAGUGCUCUGGAGGAACCCUCAGAUGUUACUCCUGGAAUUAGGCAAGGCGAUUAUUUGGUACUCAACCGCAUUGCAAGUUUGAAAGAAGAUGCUGGAAAGGGGAUGUGAACAGGCUUAUAUAUAUGACUAGUUUACGAUACGACAGGGUCAACAUCAUCAGAGCUAUGUAGUGGUCAGAUUUCAGCACGUGCGACCAAUAUUCAGAUUGUAGAUCUCACUGCGCGCACUCAAUACAACG